AUGGCUUUUGUAUAUUUUCUGUUGGUUUUCUCAUAUUUCUUUCAUAGUCUAUCUUUAUUUCUAUUUGUUUUUCUUCCUGCUUCCUUUUUUUUUUAUCUUUCCUCUUUUAACUAUUUCUUUCUUGUUUCUUUUAUUUUGCUUCCACGUCACAUUUUUUUUCCUUCUUUUCUUUUUUUCCUUCUUAAAGAAGCGAGGGCGAUCCACGAUAUCUAUCUAUCUAUCUAUCUAUCUAUCUAUCUAUCUAUCUAUCUAUCUAUCUACAUGAUUCUUUCUUUCUUUCUUUCUUUCUUUCUUUCUUUCUUUCUUUCUUUCUUUAUAUUAUUUUUCAUUCUUUCUUUCUUGCUUUCUUUUCCCCCAUAUCUUAUUAUCAAUUUAUUUUUCUUUAUUUAUUUUUUCUUUCCUUUCUGUAUAUCUUUAUAUUAUCAACUGAUUCUUUCCUUCUUCCUUUCUUUCUUUCUUUUUCAAUAUAGCUGUAUCUUUAUAUUAUCAAUUGAUUCUUUCUUUCUUUCUUUCUUUCUUUCUUUCUUUCUUCUUUUUUACUAUAUCUCUGUAUUGACCUUUCUUUCUUUCUCAGUACACUUUUAUAUUAUCCUGUUAUUUUUCUUUCAUUAUUUCUUCUUUUUUUCUCUUUUUCUUUCUUUGUUAUUCAUUCUUUCUCUUUCUUACCAUCUUUCUGUAGUCUUUGAUUUUUCUUUCUUUCAUUCAUUUGUCUCUUUUUUUAAUUCUUUCCUAAAUUUCCUUCUUUUCUUGAAUCGUUUAAUUAAUCUCCUUUCCUAUCUUCAUUCUUUUUCUCCUUUCCUUCUUUCAUUCUUUUUCUUCUUUCCUUCUUCCAUUCGUUUUCUCAUUUCCCUUCUUCAUACUUUUUCUUCUUUCUUUCUUUCAUUCUUUUUCUGCUUUCCCUUCUUCAUUCUUUUUCUCUUUCCCUUCUUUUAUUCAUUUUCUCCUUUCAUUCUUUCAUUCUUUUUCUUCUUUCUUUCCUUCAUUCUUUUUCUCCUCUUUUUCUUCAUUCUUUUCUCCUUUCCUUCCCUCAUUCAUUUUCUCCUUUAA